UCAAAAAAUUACCGUGAGGCCGUGAGCACCGUCGUCCGUCAAUUUUAACUUUACCGUUUACGAGUGUAUCUGCUAUCUUGAAAUAAGCAGUUUUUUAUUUUUUUCUAAAUCAGAUCAUUAUUCAUUAUUAAUAUAUCUAUGCACAAUAAUGGUUCUGCAAAUGUGUGUAGCAUCAACCGAAUAAAGCUCUCAAUGUUUACAUAAUUUGUUUGGGGUGUGUAGGCUACUGUCAGUGUUAUUGAUUUGCUAAAAUUUAUAAAAAGAACUUGAACAAAGAUGUAGGAAGUUUUUUAACAAAAAAACCAUGAAAAGAGUACUCGAUUAAAGUGUAGUGAUAAUGUGAUCAAAAUGAAAACUAAAAGUUUUUUGCUGUUUUCUACGUCAGUGUUUGCAAUAAGUCUGUUCCUGAUCAUUUUCCACUCGCAGCCGCCGCAGUCGUUCCAAAACAUCGUCACGCAGACUCAUCAACAUAUCAAAGACUUUCAGGUUUCUCUGUCCCAGGAGCAGCUCCGUGAUGAAGAGGAACAGCACCUGGUACAAGAAGAGCGCUACCUGCGACUGGUGGGGCUGGAGGGGCAGACGGAGGCCUGGCACAACACCACUGUACCAGCACUGGUGACACAUGCCAGGAACGAUGAGCAUGCCCUGGUUGUGGCAUUUGUGCGGGCAGCUGCUCGCUUGCCUUACACCAUCCUCGUUUAUAACUUAGGGUUGAAGCCCUACUCACUGGCCAUGGUGUCAAACUACUGCAACUCAUCGAAGUGUGCAGUGAUAGACUUUGACCUGGAGCUGUUUCCCUCGCACGUCAGCGAUGAGAGCAUCUCUGCCUUCCGACCGCUCAUCAUUCAGCACGCGCUGAGCCGCGUGGGCGGCGUCAUCUACUGCGAGGCGACGCAGCGCUGGGCGGGCUCGGCGGCCGAGCUGGCGGCGCUGUGGGCGCGCGCGGGCGCCGACGGCUCGCUGGGCGUGCUGGCGUGGCCGCGCCGCGCCGCCGUCACGUCGCUCACGCACCCGCGCAUGUUCCACUACCUGCGCGCCAGCACCGACGACUUCCUGUUCGUGCAGAUGCUGGACGCGGCGCGCCUGCUGGUGGCGCCGCGGCCCGAGCUGCCCGACGUGAUGCGCCAGUGGACGCAGUGCGCGCUCACGCUGGACUGCAUCAUGCCCAUCGGCGCGCAGUCGGCCGGCUGCCGCUUCGACAAGAAGCCGCAGUACCGCUACUCGGGCUGCCACGGGCAGGACGCGUCGGCGCUCAGCAUCGUGCUAGGCGUGCGGGCCGGCUACGAGGAGGCGCGCUACGCGGUUCGCGGCGCGCGCGGCGGCUGGCGGCGCGUGGGCGCGGGCGCGGCGCGCGCGCUGUUCGCCGGCCUGCAGCGCAACGCCAGCGACGACGAGCGCCCGGAGCGCCCGGAGCGCGCCACGCUCGCCCCGCGCGCCUAGCCGCACCCGAGCCGUACACCACUGUGAAACUCACCACAUGUUCGAGUUGAAUUGUGCACCAUAUCUAAUUUGAAUUAUAAUGAAAGCGGAAGCGUGUGCGAGCGAUUCUAUGCCGAUCUUUAUUAAAAGAUAUAAAACUUUUAAUAAUUUAUGCUGCUAUAUUACUGUUUAUGGUUGGAAAAUUUUAAGCUUGAACUGGCUUCAAGUUUGAUCUGAGUUGAAUCGUUUUAACAUUUUAUUUUACGGUUAGUGAUAUUUAGCGUUACACAGUGAAAAUUAUACCUGAUUGAAACAAAUGCUGCCAACUGAGAAUAGUAUUUUGUGCGACCGCACUGUAGCGUCACCAGCGUAGACUUUCGUCGUAUGUGUAGUGUGUGCACGUCGCAUACAUGCGACCAGUGGAAGUUUUCAAUGUUUUUAUACUGUUACUAUUGCGUUAACGUAAACGCGAAAUUAUAUGAAAUUGUGUAGUAGUGCCACUAGAUGGCGCUGUUUCAAUUCCUUAGAAAUUCGCAAUGCGUCUGCCGCACGCACGCGUGUGACGAACGCCUUUGCUGGGAAUACUCGGACGUACGUGCUUUAAAAAAUUGUGUAUUUCUUUUUCAAAAAUAUUCUCUGGACUGAUUUGAUCACAGUAUUUUCUGACUAGUCUGGGCUAAUUACAAAUAUAAACAUCAAACAUAUUGAUGUAUAGUUUAAAAUUAAAAUGUAUUAUAUAAAUGAUACACAGCCCCUCACAUAUUUUGUUUGGGUAGAGAUUAUUAUUUGAAUCUGAGAAUUUUUCAAGUAAAAGAGGAUGUUUACCCGACUGCUACCAUGUACCUCCAUUGAUACUACAAAAGGAAUACGCUAUUUUUGAUCCUGCCAAUUUACUUUAUUUCAAAACAAAAAUCUUGUAGUGAUACUAGAGGAGAAGCCAACACUUUCACAAAUUAGUUUUAAUAUUGCUUAAUUUAUUAGCAUUUGUAAUGAUUAGGUAUCUGUGUAAAUAGGAUAGUGUUGUUAAAGUGCAAGGUCAUGUAAACAAUUAUUAUAUUUUUUGUAAUUAAGUUAUUACUUUUAUAUUUAUUAUUUUAAUUUGUCGAUAUUGCAUUGAUCUUAUAUUUUAGUUUUAGUGUCAGUCAGUAUUGUGAAAUAAGUAUUUAUUUGUUUUAAUUUUUUAAUGUUAAACGGCACAUUGUAAAUUGAUAUACUUAGAAAAAUUUCAUGUAUGUAUUAUUAAUUUUAAAACAUCCAGCUCUGCCUACGUAUAAUGGAAAUGAGACAUCACGAGGAAUGUGUUGUCUUUAUACUGAAACACAUUGACGACUAUACUUGCGUACACGAACGUAUGUUGACUGCGAUUGGUUAACAGUGCGCUUACACGGGAAAUUUCUGAAACAAUUACUGCUUGACAACACAUAUUGAUCAAUGUGGAGAAAUUUUAAUAAAAUUCAACAAUUGUUUUAAAUUGCUCCAUUGAUCAUGCCGUUGACACGUGAUAUUGCCAAAUAUUCAUUCGUUUAGGUUCAGUCAAUUUCUCUCUUUCGUUGGAAUAGAUAUGUUGCUCUCGCGAAGGUGCAUAAAGUUAAAAAGCAUUUUUUCUUGUGUAAGUGCAUCUUUUGACUAAAUUAAUUUGUUAUUUCAUUAUUUGUGGAAGGUCAAAAUGAAGAGAUUUUGUUUUUUUAGAUCUGUGUUUUGGUAUGCACGUUUUAUUCUCAUAUUAUCACGAUUAUUAAAUGCAAUAUACGCUGUAAAACUUACCUAUGCUUAUCAUUAAGUACAUACUCUAGAUGUGAUUUCCUGCGGUUGUUAUUAGCUUUAUUUUUCAUUUAUGUUAUUCGUUAUUUUAAUCCCAUAUACGUAAAAUCGUUACAUUCUACAAAUUACAUUGCAUACAAACUAACUAAAGCACGGAAAAAUCAAUAGUACUCGUAAGGUAUAAAUAUAAAUACUUGAUUUGAAAUGGACACUAUUACGAAACACGGAGAAUGUCUUAAAAGUUUAUUUUCGUGUAUAUUUUGAUAUGAUAAAUUCUAAUCAUGUGUAGGUACCUAAGUCUAUCAUUUUUCAUUGCUAAUUAAAAAUUACCUUCUGGUAUAUUUUCCUAAUAAUUAAUUAUAGUGUAUUCGAUUGAAAUACAUGUAAAUGCAGAAGUUAAAUUUAAUUUAAUUUACAAAGUUAUAGUUGAACGCGUGUACAGUAUAAUUUUGAAUGUGACAAAACUGUAUUCAAGAAACCAGUGCUACAAUUAUCAAAAGAGAAAGAAAAGUAUUUCCUUAUGUUUUUCCCAGACUUUAAAUAUGAGACUUACUUUUAAACAAUAUCAUUUGUUCUAAUAAAAGUUGUCAAUGUUAAACAAUAUCACAUCAGAAUACUCAGCUCAAAAUAAGUCUUAACUGAAACCCUCUAGUCAGCAGUCGUCCCUUAACACGUAUGUCUGUGUAUUUGUAUUAUUCAUUCAAAGAACACUGAACUCGACCGAAAUAUUUUGAGCGGUCCGAAUUAGAUUUUCGACUAUUUCCAAAAAACAAUACUUUGUAACUACUUUCAUUUCAUUUGUCAAUUUCAGGCGUACCUAAACGGUACACAUUGUUACUACUCAUGUGCUGUGUUGCUGUCUGUGUAUUAACACUACUUAUCCUUGCCCCUAGCUAUUGCACAUUUUUGGUGGCAGCUGUUCUAAAUUAUUAUAAGAUUGGCAGAGGUAGAUAGUACAAAAUUCACAUCGUAUGAUUUAGUUUGUUGUUCUUUUAUGUAUCUAUAUAAGUAGGUAGUUCGAUCAACGUUUAGUACAACUCAUACAGUAACAUACAAUAUAUACACGCAGGUCCGUUUUAACUCGUGCAAUACGCCUUUGAAUAUACAGUCUCUGGUUGUAGUAAAAACUUUUAAUAUUUGUGAUGUUUUAAAAAAAUGUGUAUUUAAAAAUUACCUAUUGGUAAUGGUAAUAUUACCUAAGUACAUAUUAUAUUAAAAUUCUUUUCAAAUUCAAAUUACUUAUUAGGCUUAAAAGUAAUAUUUGAAAAAUAAGUCGAACCAUUAAAAAUAAGCAGGGGGCGGUUAAGCAAUUUUUAUAGUAGUUUACGGACUAGAUGCGAUUUGUUUCCGUAAUCAUAUCAGAAAUACACGCGCAGCUUGCAGCAGCAGCUUGGAUUUUAAUCAAAGAUCGGUUUAGUGUAUGAGCUAUUAUGUGUUCCUUCUUCAGACGGCUGAGCCGACCGCAAUAUUUUUUUUUGUACUUGUCUAAACGAAAUCGCAAUAAGUAACAUGUUUAUUUAAUAAUAGUACUAGUAAUUAAAAUGGAUCUCAGUAUAAUUUUAAAAGAACCAAUUAAGCGUACCUAUAGGUAUGACUAAUAUAUUGAUUAGCGUCCGCCGGGUGCUGUAAUCGAUCUAUCGGUAUUCCAUCUAAGGGCGUGUCCAAACAGCGCGGCGCGAUUGCCGCGCUAUGUAUGGACACAACAUUACUGUACAAACUUUUUUUACCGCACCGUUACCGUAGUGUUAUUCUGAAGCCAGCGCAAUCCUGAAUUUUUGGUGCAUGCGAUAUGCGCAUAAAAAAUCAAUAACUAAAGUUUCACUUCGCGAGCGGAGAUAUUAUACAAUCACUGCUAGGAAUAUGUUUAAAUAACAUUGCUCUUAUCUUAUUAUUUAUAGAUCGAUUACAGUAUCAAGCUCUUAAACUAUCACUAAUAAUAAUAAUAAUAGGAUAAUUAAUGUAUGCGAGGGUUCCGUAGAUAUACUUUGUAAAGGUCGUCGCACUCACGCAGCUCCUCCCACAUGUGGAAAGUAACUACUCAUGUUGUAAUUUCCAUGUGGGUUUCUAGUAUAAAGAAUAUUAGAAAGUCGUAUGUUAUAUACAUUUGUUAUUCGUAUGUUACCUGCAGCUCAGCUGAAAUGUUCAUUGUACACAGAUAACUCAAUUUACAGCUUUGGUAUGCACAAACUUGCGAUUUUUAUACGUAUCUCAAUGAUUCGCGUUUUUUAUUUAAUAGGAGUAUAGACACAGUGGCGCCCACGGUACAAAGAUAAUACUGUGCUGCUUCUCUGCAUGCUUACUCUGGACGUACGUAACAUGUUGUGCACGCCAUUCUGUUUCAUUUGAUAAUUUGGUACCGACCAGUACAGGCUAAUGGAAACUCUUUUAACAUUCAGUAAGCUCUAUGUAAAUGAUGGGCGACCAAUAAUGGACAGAUAAAUAAGUCCAGACCAACGAGAUGUCUGGUGAUGAGAGAACAGCAUAUUUAUUAUCGACCAAUAGCGGUGAAGUUGAAAUAUAAUUUUCUCUUUUUACUCCAUAACAACAAAAGAGAGGGCGAUGUUUUUGAUUUUACCGCUACUGGUCGAUAAUAAUUGUUUCUCACGUCGAAAUAUUUCGUAGUGCGUAUCCUAGACCUUUCAGAUAGUAGCACGAAGAAGUUUGAGUGUCACGAUCUUUACUUUGAUUUUUCUUUAAAAAAAUUGUGUGAACAUUGGUAAAGGCUGUGAAAUGUGUGAGUUAAUGAUUUAAUCUAAAUUAAGUAAUAGAUAUGUGUAGUGAAAUGUUUUUUGGUUAUUUUUUUUUUGUUUAAACAGACUGAACUAGAAGCUACGGAACACUGUACAAAUGUUUUGUUUUGUAUUCGUAUGACGGGGAAUAUGUGCAUUUUAAUCGCGUUAAUUGCUUUUUGUAUUUAAGCUAAUAACUUAAUUAUUUCUUAGACAGUAUUAAAUUUGAAUUACUGAUU